UGUCGCCUGCCGAGACAACAUGUAUCCUAACAGCUCGGAGAACCUGACAGCAUCCGACUCCCCGUCCAGCCUUAGGGCGAGGGAUGAGCUGAUGCUCACCUCGGCUUUCGGCACUGUGCUCUCCUUUAUGUGUGUGGCCGGGGUGGCGGGCAAUAUCUACACGCUGGUACUGAUGUGCCAGUCCAUGCGCUCGGCCGCCUCCAUGUACAUCUACAUCAUGAGCCUGGCGCUGGCGGACCUGCUCUACCUCUCCACCAUCCCCUUCAUCGUCUGCACCUCGCUCGCCAAGAGCUGGUACUUCGGGGACCUGGGCUGCCGGCUGCUGCUCAGCCUUGACCUGCUCACCAUGCACGCCAGCAUCUUCACCCUGACUGUGAUGUGCACCGAGCGCUACCUGGCCGUGGUCAAGCCCCUGGCCAUGGUCAAGCGCUCCAAAGGUUACAGGAAAGCGAUGGCCGGGGCGGUGUGGUUGCUCAGCUUGUCCCUAACGCUGCCCGUGACCAGCAUGGUCAGCCUGCAGGACACCCGGAGGGAGAACGGCAGCGUCCGCAGAAUGUGCGCCCCAACCUGGACUGGCCAGACCUACACCAUUUACUUGACGGUGCUCUUCAAUACCAGCAUCGUAGCGCCCGGGGUGAUCAUUGGUUUUCUGUACACCCAGUUAGCACGGACCUACCUGCAGUCCCAGAGGAACACUCUGUCCAAGAAAGGCAACAGCAGGUCAUCCAAGCAGCGAGUGGUCCUCAUGAUAUUCAGCAUCGUGGUGGUUUUCUGGGCGUGCUUCCUGCCUUUCUGGGUUUGGCAGCUCGUCCGCCUCUAUUGCAAAUCCCUAAAGCUGAGUCAGCGGACAGUAACUUGUAUCAACUACCUGAUGACCUGCCUGACCUACAGCAACAGCUGUAUUAACCCUUUCCUGUACACGCUGCUCACCAAGAACUACAAGGAGUACCUGAAAAGUAGGCAGAGGCACUUUCAAAGAUCAGCAUCCGCAUCCUUUAAAAGGAACGCCAGCCUGAGACCAUCGCUAAAAUCCAUCUCCUCCUGUAACCAGUACAGCAACUCCUCCGAAUCAGUAGCCAUGGUUCAUUUGAAAGGAUCGAAGUGACUCUGUUUAGAAUGACAAAGAGAAAUGUGCUGGAACCCUCAGGUAACUAAGCAGCUUGAAAUCAACCUUCAGGCUCGGGUAUCGCGCCUUUUAAUACUGUACAGGAAUGGAGGAGAGUUGCUGAAUUCCAGGCAAUAAAUACAACGACAAAAGAAAGCCAGCACAGAACUCGAAGGGUUAUUUUUCUAAGUAUUUCUGUAUCUCAUUUCAAAUGACCAAAUGGAAGGUUUUUAGUAAGGGCUGAGCACGUUUUUUGUUAGAAAUGCAAGUUCUCAAGAUUGAAACAUGAUCAAAUUGAAGAGAUGUCUUUUCCUGUAUCCAAAAUUCCACAUCAUUGAACUGGCACUUUGAAGAGAAUUUCUCUGUAACAUGUUCAUGAACACUUGUCUAUCUUUACAGGAUGGAAGCAAUGCGAAAUGAAGUCACUCAAUCCCCAAACUUGGCAUUUUGCCCUUAAAGCAAGUCCAUCUUUUGAUUAAAACAAAUCAUAAAUAGUGAAAAGAAAAUUCCAUUCUAAAUGUAUCUUUCUUCGAAAUUGACUUUUCCUGCACCCAAUGUCUGGCCGUCUUGUUUUAUAUCCUUCACUAAUCAAUACUCAUUAAUGUACUUUGUUCUUGGAGCAACGCAAAAUAUCAAGCGUCAGUCAGAUAGUUUAAGAUUUGUAUCAGUCAAAAAAUUCAGCCAAAAUGAGAUUUGCAACUUAAUUUCAAAUUAUGUUUUCAUUGCUGCUAAGCUGCAUGUGAGCCACCUACUUAAAACUAUUUACAGGGAUCAUGCAUGUUGAGAUUCCAGUAAAAUUUUGCUUAACUUCACCCGAAUGUGUAUACUCAUUUGAUCUCCAUCAUUAUUUUCAGCCUCAAAUGAUUACAGUUUACUUUAGCUAAAGGCAAGUUAU